CUCCUUGGCUACGGCGUUGGAGGAGCUACGCCCCAGGAGAAAGGAAGGAGGCUUGGCCCUGAAAGGACUCAUUGUAGGACGGGGAGAGAGCAUGUGUGCGGCCGCAGUGUGACUGUGUGAGUUCGGAGUUGGACGCCCCCCCUCCUCCUCCUUGAAGAUCCGCGGGAUUAGUUGAUGGGCGCACAUCGCCUCCUCCUUCUCGGACUACAACUCUGCGACGUAGAAAGUGCAAAGCGUUGAAUCAUGCUCCUCGUCAUCCCCACCGAUUGGAAGUGGAGCCGGAAUUGGGCGAAAUUCGGAUAACAAGCACAAGAAGAGCGGAACUUUCCCAGAUCUCCCCCGAGCUUCCCCAACCUUCUUUCUCCGCAUUGUUGCUGCGGUGAAAAUGCCUCCGCACCAGGGGCUCGGUCCGCUCCAUUGCCCCCCCUCACUCACACAUGUGGUUGAAUGUUGAAGAAGUGAGGGAAGGAAUCGAACCUUGGCGACCGAACAGGAUAUCGUCAUUUUUUUUAAAUAACUUAACUUCACUUUUGUUCCUAAGCUGUUGAACUGAUCGGUCCAACAUGGGGAACGCGGGGAGCAUGGACCAACACACGGAUCUCAGGGGCCACAACAUGCCCCUAAAACUCCCCAUGCCGGACCCUGGAGAGCUGGAGGAAAGAUUCGCUAUUGUUUUGAACUCAAUGAAUCUUCCUCCAGACAAAGCUCGCCUGUUGCGGCAGUACGACAACGAGAAGAAGUGGGAGCUCAUCUGCGAUCAGGAGCGAUUCCAAGUGAAAAAUCCACCUCACACUUACAUCCAAAAGUUGAGGAGUUAUCUUGACCCGGCAGUUACAAGAAAGAAAUUCAGGCGAAGAGUUCAAGAGUCCACCCAAGUCCUGAGAGAACUGGAAAUUUCACUGCGGACCAAUCAUAUCGGAUGGGUUAGAGAGUUCCUCAAUGAAGAAAACAAAGGCCUGGAUGUGCUGGUGGACUAUCUUUCUUUUGCACAGUACGCUGUCACGUUCGAUGGAGAUGGUGUUGAAAACAAUUCAGAAGCCCUCAUAGACAAAACCAAACCUUGGAGUCGCUCCAUCGAGGACCUGCAUGGAGGAAGCACAAUGUCAUCCCCCCUUAGUGGGAACGGCAUCACCCGAGCAGGGCGACACUCAACAAUACGUCUUCUCCUCUGUCUGCCCGUCUUCGACAGCAGGACACAGAGCUCGCAAAACUGUCCAAAAUGCUCUCAAAUAAAACGUUGUAACACAUUGCCCAGUCGUAGGACGCUAAAGAACUCCAGGCUGGUCUGCAAGAAAGACGACGUCCAUGUCUGCAUCAUGUGCCUGCGCGCUAUCAUGAACUACCAGUAUGGCUUCAACAUGGUCAUGUCCCACCUUAAUGCUGUGAAUGAAAUUGCACUAAGUCUCAACAAUAAAAACCCAAGAACCAAAGCUUUGGUCUUGGAGCUCCUUGCAGCAGUUUGUCUCGUGAGGGGAGGCCAUGAAAUCAUCCUUGCUGCGUUUGACAACUUUAAAGAGGUUUGCAUGGAGACUCAGCGGUUUGAGAGGCUAAUGGAGUAUUUCAAGAAUGAAGACAACAACAUUGAUUUCAUGGUGGCCUGCAUGCAGUUCAUCAACAUCGUUGUGCACUCGGUAGAGGACAUGAACUUCCGGGUUCAUCUCCAGUACGACUUCACCAAGCUGGGUCUGGAUGAAUUCUUAGACAAACUCAAGCACACAGAGAGUGAUAAACUGCAGGUUCAGAUCCAGGCCUACUUGGACAAUGUGUUUGACGUCGGCGCCCUCUUGGAGGAUGCCGAGACCAAAAACGCGGCCCUGGAGCGUGUGGAGGAGCUGGAAGAAAACAUGUCACAUUUAACAGAGAAGCUGCUGGAUGCAGAAAAUGAAGCCAUGUCCAAGAUUGUGGAGCUGGAGAAGCAGCUAAUGCAGACUAACAAGGAUCUAGAAGGCAUGAAGGAAGCUUACAAAGACACGAGCGGGAAGCUGCACUCGCUAAGGCAGGUCUUAAAAGAGAAGGACGAGGCCAUUCAGCGACAGAGUCACUUGGAGAAGAAGAUCCACGAGCUGGAGAAGCAGGGCUCUAUCAGGAUCCACAAAAAGGGAAACGGCGACAUCUCCAUUCUGGCCACAUCACCACCCGGCGGUAUGGAAGUUUUGCCUGGCACCAUGACAAGGGGAAUUGGCGGCCCCGUUGGAGAUGCGGUGGGUGCCACGUCUCCUCCACCACCUCCGGCCCCUCCAUUGCCAGAGAAUGGCACAUUAUCAAAUGGACCUUCAUCGACCACGCCUACUCCAGCAGCUCCUCCCCCACCACCGCCGCCGCCCCCACCGCCCCCACCUCCACUUCCACCUACAGGACCCACUUCACACAUGUCAGCCCCCCUGCCGCCUCCGCCUCCUCCUGCAGCGCCUCCACUGCCCGGCUGUGGGACCCCCACUGUCAUCAUGAACUCUGGUUUAGCCGAGGGACCCAUCAAACUUUUCUCUGUUAAAAUCAAAAAACCCAUCAAAACAAAGUUCCGCAUGCCAGUCUUCAACUGGGUUGCACUGAAACCCAACCAGAUCAACGGGACAGUCUUCAAUGAGAUCGACGAUGAAAGGAUACUUGAGGACCUGAAUGUGGAUGAGUUCGAGGAAAUGUUCAAGACGAAAGCCCAGGGCCCGUCGAUGGAGUUCACCAUGAGCAAGCAGGUCAUUCAGAAAGGACCGAACAAGGUGACGCUGCUGGACUCCAACCGGGCGAAGAACCUGGCUAUCACGCUGAGGAAAGUGGGCAAGACGCCAGAGGAGAUCUGCAAGGCCAUACAGUUGAUUGACCUGCGGACCCUGCCGGUGGACUUCGUCGAGUGCCUCAUGCGCUUCCAGCCCACGGAGAACGAGGUGAAAACCCUGCGGCAGUUCGAGAAGGAGCGUAAGCCAGUGGAGAGCCUGACGGACGAGGACCGCUUCAUGAUGCAAUUCAGUAAGAUCGAGCGGCUCAUGCAGAAGAUGACUAUCAUGGCCUUCAUCGGGAACUUCACAGAGAGUUUGCAGAUGUUAACGCCGCAACUUCAUGCAGUCAUCGCUGCAUCCGUGUCCAUCAAGUCGUCACAGAAGCUGAAAAAAAUACUAGAGAUUAUUUUAGCACUUGGAAACUACAUGAACAGCAGCAAAAGGGGAGCAGUCUAUGGAUUCAAGCUGCAAAGUUUAGACCUGCUGCUUGACACCAAAUCGACAGACCGCAAGAUAACAUUGUUACACUACAUAGCCAACGUGGUGAAGGAGAAAUACAGCCAGGUCUGUCUUUUCUACAAUGAGCUUCACUAUGUGGAGAAAGCUGCUGCAGUGUCGCUGGACAACGUCCUGCUGGAUGUGAAAGAGCUGCACAGAGGCAUGGAGCUGACCAAGAGAGAGUACAGCAUGCACGGCCACAACACCAUGCUCAAGGAUUUCAUCAUGCACAACGAGAGCAAGCUGAAAAAGCUGCAGGAUGACGCCAAGAUCGCACAGGAUGCCUUUGAGGAGGCAGUGAAGUUCUUUGGGGAGAGUUCAAAAACUACGCCGCCGUCCGUCUUCUUUCCUGUGUUUGUACGCUUUGUGAAGGCCUACAGGCAAGCUGAAGAGGACAACGAGCAGAAAAAGAGGCAGCAGCAGAUUUUGAUGGAGAAGCUUCUAGAACAGGAGGCCAUGAUGGAAGCAGACCAGAAGUCUUCUUCACAUAAAAACAAAAGACAGCAACAGGAGCUGAUCCAAGAACUGCGGAAGAAGCAAGUAAAAGACAGCCGCCAUGUCUAUGAAGGCAAAGAUGGAGCCAUUGAGGACAUCAUCACGGUGCUGAAGACGGUGCCCUUUACCGCCCGCACCGCCAAGCGCGGCUCUCGGUUCUUCUGCGAGCCCGCCCUCAAUGAGGAGUACCAUUACUAAGCUUGUAGAACUCUCUUCUUCCCUUCCAAAAAAAAAAAAAAGAUCUGAGGAAUCAGCCCUACAGGCGGGCGGACGCCGUGCGAAGGAGCGUGAGGAGACGCUUUGACGACCAGAACCUGAGGCCGCUCAACAACGGCGAGGUGGUGGUGUGAGGAGGUGUUUAUUAACGGUCAUUAGGGGGCGCUAGUGAGGACCAGGGAGGGCUAGCAGUGACGUCAUGGCAACAACAGAAGGAAGAGUUGCAAACUCAGCAUUAAUACUGCUGAUUAGUUGAAUAAAUCAAUAUAUAAUCAUCAAUAACUCAACACCAGCUGAACCGUGAAGCCCAUCCUGAGUGACGUCGUUCUAGAAGGAGAUGGAAUGUUAAGAAGAAAGUGUACAGUAAGUACGCCACACAAGUACACUACGUGUGUAAAUGUGAUGUAUAUAUAUAUAUUUAUAUAUAUAUACAUAGUGUGUAAAAAAUAUGAAGGACCUGGACUGACUUUUUCAUUGCUUCAAGGAAAGAAAACUUAAGUGCCUAAAAUGUUUAAAGUCUGCAAACAUUUUGCUAUGAUGACCACAAAACAUAUUUGAGUUACAUUCCAGUGUUCACAUUUGUGGGAAUAAUCAUAACAUUUCAUCUUUGAUGCAAACAUUUGCCGUCACAGUAACUUUUUACACAACUUGGUAGCAUUUUGUACAAAAAGUCAUGACCUUUUUUUUAUUAUUUUUAACUACAAUGUUGUCAUAUCAGCAUUUUUAAGUAGUCUUGUGUAGGAGUCAUAAUCCACUAUUCAAAAAUGACUUCAAUAUUUUCUGCAAUUAAUUUAUGCAUUUAAAGUUUUUUGCAAGAUAAGAUACCCCUUCAAAAUUGUGACUAAAUAUUUGUUAUAUUUGUUUGGCAAGGUUUUUAAUUAUUGAGGUAAGAAUUUUUUUUUUUCUGCAACUUUAACUUUCAAUUAGUAUAAAAUAUAUUUUGGUAUCAGCAACAUUUAGCUUUGAAGUGUCAAAUGUGGCCUGAAUCUUGUGCGUUUAAAAAAAAAUAUUUGGAGGAUUUGUUUCCCUGACAACUUUAUUGAACAAUAUGUUUCAGUAACAAUUAGUAAAGUUACUGCAAAACAAUAUUUUGUUUCCAUUUUUUUUUUUUUAAUAAGGCGCACAUUAGGUUAUUUAAACCAAAAAUCUUCUAUCUGGAAUAGGAUCUGGAUGGAUAA